AUGGGUUUCUGGCGCAGCACUUUGAGCCUGACGGCGACAGCUUUAGCUGUGGUGGCUGCAGAGCCCACUCAUCGACUUGGGUCCGCUUCUCCCAGAGUUACCGUCGAGCAGGGAGUCAUCAAGGGAUUUGUCCAGAAUAAUACCGAGGUUUUCUUGGGUAUCCCAUUCGCCAAGACCACCGCUGGUCAGAACCGUUGGAAGGCCCCGAAGCCCAUUGAAUCAUUCCACAAGGGCCACUUCGAGGCCACUGCCUACGGUCCAUCCUGUGCCCAGGCCAUGUCUGGCACAGCAAUCACUGGCCAGAGUGAGGACUGCCUUAGCCUCAACAUCUGGGCUCCGCGUCAGGGCGUCGAUCUCCCCGUAUUUAUCUACAUUUACGGCGGUGCCAUGGUCACCGGUGGCAGCAGCAACGCUCAGUGGCAGGGGCAUAAUUUUGCUCGCAAUGGUGUUAUUUACGUGAAUCUCAAUUAUCGUGAGAGCAUAUAUGCUUCGCCCAACGCACCUGAGCUCCAGGGAGAGUCCCAGAACUUUGGAAUUCUCGACGUGGAGUUAGCCUUGGAGUGGAUUCGCGACAACAUUGAGGCUUUCGGUGGUGACAAGUCCCGCAUCGUACUGGGUGGGCACUCCUCCGGUGGAGUGCACGUUGACCACUACCUCUGGAACCACCCGGACACCUUCUUGGCCGGUGCAAUCGAGAUGUCUGCCAAUGCUCAAUCUGGCCCCGCCAUUGCUCCCGCGGGUGUGGCAUUGAAGCAAGUUGUCCAGGAAAUGCUGGAUGCCGGGUUCAGUCUGGGCUGCACGGCCGAAGACUAUACUCUGGACUGUCUGCGUGCUGCAGACACUUACGCCUUCCAGACGACCUCCUUCAACUCGACCUUGAACACUUGGUUCUCGCCAUCGGUGGACAACAUAACCCGCUUCUCCAACUAUGCCGAUCGCUUUGCCAAAGGACACUACCCAGCCUCGCUGCCAUUGAUUGUCGGUAACUCCGACCAGGAGGGCGAGAUCUUCGGCUACGUUUACGGCAGCGAGAACACCAAUUUCUCAUCCUGGAUCCGUACCUUCGACGCAGAUCUUGCCUUUGUACCCGCGGACAAGCUCCUAGGCGCCUACAACGAAUCCGACUACGACUCUAUUUCUCUGAUGAGCGGCGCCGCAUACGGCGACGCGCGGUUCCUCUGCGCAACCGAUUAUCUACUGGACGUGCGCUCCAGCAAACAACCUACCUGGAUCUACCGCUGGUUCGGCAAUUACUCAAACGCGCUGCCAAUUCCCAACCUCGGACCCUCGCAUGGUAGCGAGGUGCCUUUUUUCCAUGGCGGCAAUGAGUGCUUCUCGUUGUUGGACGGUGUUACCGAUGCGGAGCAGAAGCUGGCAGACUACAUGCAUCAUUGGUUUGUUGCGUGGAUUAAGGAUCCAAGUGCUGGGCCUGGCUGGGCGAAGGUUCGGCCGGUUAAUGGUCCUUUGGCACGACUUGGUGUGCCUGGACAUGAAGAGAAGAUCGUGAUGGGCAAGACUGGCGCGUAUAAUAGUCGAUGCCAGAAGGUCUACAAGCCUAAUUAUCCCAAGUACCCAGUGGUGCAAAACCCUGUGUUACUGGCCGAGAGUCACUAA